UGUGUUUUCUCUCGCGAUCACCAUGUAUCUUGGUUGGUAUCUUUUGACAUUUUUCUUUUUUUUGACGAGUGUUAAAAUAGUGUUAGUGCAUGCUAAUCACAAUCAUCAUCACCAUCAUCAUCACGAACAAAGAAACAAUAAACAAAUUGCAAACAAAACAUCCCAUUCUUCUUCCGGGACAAUUAUUGUGGACUUAUCGGGGAAUGGAGACUUCUCUACGAUACAAUCUGCUAUUGAUUCAAUUUCUUCUGACAACAAGAAUUGGGUUUAUAUCUAUGUGAAGGCAGGCACCUACAGGGAAAAGGUGAAGAUCAGUUUUGACAAGCCUUUCAUCGUACUAGAAGGCGAGGGACAAAAGAACACUUUUGUUGAGUGGGAUGACCAUGAUUCAAGUGCAGAGAGUCCUACGUUCACAACCAUGGCUGACAAUGUUGUCGUCAAGUCCAUUAGCUUUAGGAAGAUCCUGAUUGAUCCUGUUAAAUAUAGUGCAUACUUCUAUGACGUUGGCUUCUUUGGUUUGCAAGACACUCUGUGGGAUGAACAAGGAAGACAUUACUUCAAGUCUUGUACAAUUCAAGGUGCUGUGGAUUUUAUCUUCGGCACUGCCCAAUCUUUAUAUGAGGACUGUACCAUAUCCGCUAUUGAUGCUAAUCUUGGUCCUGGCAUUAUUGGUUUUAUCACCGCACAAGGGAGAACAGAUCCAAACGAUUCAAAUGGGUUUGUUUUUAAGCAAUGCAAUAUCAUUGGAAAUGGUACAACUUACUUGGGAAGACCAUGGAGAGGUUAUGCUAGAGUUAUUUUCUAUAAUACUAAAAUGUCCAACAUUAUACAACCAUUAGGUUGGCAGCCAUGGGGCUUCGCUGGCCAAGAGGAUCACAUAACAUUCGCUGAGUAUGGGAAUUCUGGACCUGGUUCUGACACUUCCAAGCGAGUAAGUUGGUUAAAGAAUUUGGAUUCAUCAACCGUUAGUAAGAUGGCAAGUACUAGCUUCAUUGGCACCGAUGGUUGGCUAAAGACCCUGACGCAGCUCUAAAUCACUUUCAGAAAGGGACCAUAGUUA